AUGGCUUCCGAACCCGAUCUACAUCGCGCGAUUUCCUUGAAACCCAGCCCGUUUCACACACACCCUCCCCGCGUAACACACGCAUCGAGCUCCAGCCAGCAUCACGGGCACACCUCAGCAGCCUCGGAAAAAGCAGCUGGCGCCAACAGCACCGCCGUCGAAACCACCCGCGCAGCCAGCGCCCACGACCCCAUUGCCCAUCGCAAUGUCUCCCACCGCGCCAGCCAGGAUGGCAACGACCUCGAGAGCGCCUCGCCACCUGAAUACAACGAUCCCUACCACCUCUCCGCCGCCAUCAAGCCCGAGAGCGAAAUGGCCCUGAUCCGCGCCAACACGUCGCGCAAGCGCGACGGCUGCGGACCCAUCUCACUGAACCGCAAGGCGCGGAAUGCGCGCAAACUCGAGGAGUUCUACGAGGCGCAGAACGAGAACAUUGAGCGCUUGCUGAAGCCUGUAGACGACCACCGGCGCGCGGCCAAGGAAGAGGGCGACGCGAACCACCUCAAGUACAAGAUUGCCGUCGUGGGCUCUUUCGCCGCCAACAUCAUCCUCGCGAUACUGCAGCUGUAUGCGGCGAUUAGUUCCAAGUCGCUGUCGCUGUUUACGACCAUGGCCGACUCGCUCUUCGACCCCCUGUCCAACCUCACGCUCAUCAUGUGCCAUCGCGCCGUGGCCAAGGUGGAUGCAAGGAAAUUCCCCAGCGGCAAGGCGCGCAUUGAAACUGUCAAUGGGAAUCUGUGUUUCUGCGCGCUGAUGAUCACGGUCAGCGUCGUCAUCAUCGUGGAAUCCAUCCGUGAAAUCGCAGAGCACACGGGCCCAAACGUCAACGGCUUCUUCCUGCCAUCCGUCAUCGCAGUCGCCAUCGCGUUCGCCACGAAAUUCGGCUUGUUCCUGUACUGCUGGGCGCUCCGCAACAAGUACAGCCAGGUGCGCAUUCUAUGGGAAGAUCACCGCAAUGACCUGUCCAUCAACGGCUUCGGCGUGUUGACGAGCGUGGGCGGGAGUAAGCUGGUGUGGUGGCUGGAUCCAAUGGGCGCGAUGAUUCUGUCGUUCUUGAUCAUCUUCCUGUGGUCCAGGACGGCGUAUAGCGAGUUUCAGCUGCUCAUUGGCGUUACGGCGGAUACGCAGAUGUUGCAGCAUAUCACGUAUAUUUCGAUGACACACUCCCCCGCUAUCCGCCAAAUCGACACCGUACGCGCGUACCACUCUGGCCCUCGCCUGAUCGUUGAAGUCGACAUCGUCAUGGAUCCCGAAGACACCCUGAGGGGCACGCACGACAUCGCCGAGGAGCUGCAGAUCAAGCUCGAGAGUCUGCCGGAUGUUGAGAGGGCGUACGUACAUGUGGAUUACGAGACGGAUCAUAGACCCGAGCAUUUCUUGAAGAAGGAAUUGUAG